ACUCUCUUAUCUUCAGUGACAUAACGCUAGGUGAACAAGAUGGAAGUAGAGCUUGCUUACGUUCUUUCCUUUUUAAUCGUGGUUGGAUUUUUGUACCGCUGGUUAAACAAGAACCGUGAUUAUUUCCGCGACAAACCAAUUCCUUCGAUUCCGAUUAAACCCAUCCUAGGCAGCACGGGACCUCUGUUUUUGAAGCAAGUUGCGCUGGCCAAUUUCGUCAAAUCUCUGUACGAGAAGUAUGCCGGUUCGAAAGUUGUUGGAUUCUUCGACAUCAACAGUCCGAUGUACAUGUUCCGUGACCCCGAGUUAAUCAAGAAGAUUGGAGUGAAGGAUUUCGACCACUUUAUGGAUCAUCGACCCGUGUUAGGCAAAAAUUACGUAGACCACUCGGAGACGUUGUUUCCGAAGACGUUGUUCGCGCUAAGCGACCAAAAGUGGAAAAACAUGCGGGCGACCCUCAGUCCGGCCUUUACCGGAUCCAAAAUGCGCCAAAUGUUCGACCUGGUGCGAGAGUGCUGUGAAAGGUUGGUUAAGUUUUACCAGGACGAAAUCGGUUCCGAGCGGAUUGGGCGGGAAUACGAAAUGAAGGAUGUGUUUUCGAGGUUCACGAACGAUGUGAUUGCUACUGCUGCGUUCGGAAUUAAAGUGAAUUCCUCGCAAGACCGCGAUAACGACUUUUACGUUCAGGGAAAGAAAAUGAUGCAGUUUAACAGAUUAUCGGUUGCUUUUCGAGUUAUUGGCUAUCGACUUCUUCCAUCGGUGCUCAGCCUUUUUGGGGUGGAUAUAAUUGACCAAGAGCAGAGGAAAUAUUUUUCUUCAAUCAUUAGAGAGGCUGUGAAAACUCGUGAGGCACAACGAAUCAUUCGACCAGACAUGAUCAAUCUCUUGAUGGAGGCCAGAAAGGGUCUUCUGCAGCAUCAGAAGGAAUCGGAACAGAAUGAGGGAUUUGCAACAGUGGAAGAAUCAGAAAUUGGAAAGGCUCGAGUUGCGAAACUAAUUACAGAAGCGGAGAUGAUUGCUCAGUGCUUGAUUUUCUUCCUGGCUGGGUUUGAUACGGUGUCAACUUGCUUGACCUUCCUGAUCUACGAACUUACUCUGAACCGAGAUGUUCAGGAUAAGCUUUACGAGGAAAUUAUGGAAACGUAUCAUUCGCUGGACGGACAAUCAUUAACCUACGACGCAUUACAGAAGAUGAAGUACAUGGAUAUGGUCGUAUCGGAGGCGCUUCGAAUGUGGCCACCGAUAGCGGCGAUGGAUCGCCUUUGCGUUCGGGACUACGAAUUGGAUGAUAUGGAAGGAUUACGGUUUACCAUCAGCAAAGGUACCGGAGUAUGGCUCCCCAUCCAUGGGCUGCAUCACGAUCCCAAGUAUUAUCCAACUCCGGAAAAGUUCCUACCGGAACGGUUUAGCGACGAGAACAAGUCCAGCAUCAACCUGGGAUCCUACUUGCCAUUCGGUAUUGGACCAAGAAACUGUAUCGGGUCACGAUUUGCGCUGAUGGAAGUGAAAGCGAUAGUGUACUAUAUGUUGAAGAGUUUCACGUUCAAAAAAACUCCCAACACCCAAGUGCCACUUAUACUCAAAAAAGGAGCCUCCGGAUCGGAAGCUGAGGAGGGAGUAUUUGUUGAGUUUAGACCGCGGAAUGCGACUGAGUGAUCAAAUAAACCUUUUUUUUUUAACAAAGAAAAACUUAAUAUCGAUCCUAUUUGAUAUUUUGCAAAAAUUCACACUGCAAACCACUGGAAGAAUUUUGCAGCGAAAUCUUCGUUUACAAGAUGAGUUAAAUUUUUUUUUGCCGUAGAAUUAUGUCCUAUUUUAGUGGGGCGGCAUGUCAGAAAAAAGAAAUGGAGUGAAA